CCCUUUCUCCGUCCAGUGACGCGCGAGGCCGCGUGGGGAGGGACACCGGCGGCCGUCCCCGCCUCCUGCCCAAGCCGAACAGCUUUGUGCCGGCACCGAGACACCACACUCAGGCCACCCGCCGAGGAGCCCGCCGGCCUCCCGCGCACAAGCGACGCCGCCGAGCGGCUCUCGAGAGUCAUGGUGAGCCACUGCGCACUUCUUUCCCCCUUCCCUCUUUUCUCCGUUCCCAGCCGCGCGCCUAAGCGCGAGCCAGAGCCUUCCCUUUUCCGACGUGCCCUCAAGCUGCGGAGUCGGGGACGGGAGCGGAUCCCAGGCAUCCUCUGCCUGGCGCCCUCCAGGAUGCCAUCACUAUGUAUAAAGACAUCUUUCUGCAGUUUUUAAACGAAAUAAGACAUGCUGUUAAUGGAAAAUGCGCUGGAAUUGAGGCCUGGCAAUUGAUAGCAUCAACAAUUACUUCUACCCUUCUAAUUGUGCAGCUAUACAUGUUCAUGUUCCAACAGGAAAGUUUAACAUCACGAUCUAAAAAGUGGUUCUUCAGAGUUAUACGAAAACUGCCCAUGAUUGGUGAUUUGAUUAAAAAACAGAUGAACAAGACUACAGAGGAUAUGGCUUCCAGCUUGUCAUUCUUGCAAGACAAAAGGGGUUAUGUUAAAGCCCUACCGACCAAAGGCAUGACUCAACCAGAAGUGAUAAAAAAGCUGAAAGAAUACAGCUCUAUGGGUGAAGUGCGCUGGGAAGAUGGCAAAGUGUCUGGAACUGUGUACAGUGGGGAAGAGAAACUCACUGACCUCUUUAUUAAGGUUUAUGAGGAAUUUGCAUGGAGUAAUCCUCUUCAUCCGGAUAUAUUUCCUGGUUUGAGGAAAAUGGAAGCAGAGGUGGUGAGGAUGGUUUGUACACUCUUCCAUGGUGGGCCCAAUUCUUGUGGAACAAUGACCUCUGGUGGAACUGAAAGCAUCAUGUUGGCCUGUAAAGCCUACAGGGACUUGGCUUAUGAAAAAGGCAUCAAAUACCCAGAAAUGUUGGUUCCGAAGAGUGUACAUGCAGCAUUUGAUAAAGCUGCCCAUUAUUUCAGGAUAAAGAUUGUGCAUAUUCCAUUGACUGAAACUAUGGAAGUGGAUGUUAAGGCAAUGAGAAGAGCCAUUUCCAAGAACACCGCCAUGUUGGUGUGUUCAGCACCCCAGUUUCCUCAUGGGGUCAUAGAUCCAGUUGAGGAGGUGGCGAAGCUUGCAGUGAAAUAUAAGAUUCCGCUCCAUGUGGAUGCCUGUCUAGGUGGCUUUCUUAUUGGCUUUAUGGAGCGUGCUGGCUUCCCUCUACAGCAUCACUUUGAUUUCCGAGUGGAUGGUGUCACCAGCAUUUCUGCGGAUACCCACAAGUAUGGCUAUGCUCCAAAAGGCUCCUCUGUGGUAUUGUACAGCGACACAAAAUACCGGCAGUACCAGUUUUUUAUCGCUCCUGACUGGGAAGGUGGGAUCUAUGCUUCCCCGACAUUAGCUGGUUCCAGGCCUGGUGGCCUUAUUGCAGCUUGCUGGGCGACGAUGAUGCACAUAGGAGAAAAUGGUUACGUGGAGGCCACUAAGAAAAUAAUUUCAACAGCACGGUACCUUGAAUCAGAGUUGCGCAAAAUUGACAUCAUCUUUAUCUUUGGAAAACCUGAGGUAUCUGUUAUUUCUUUGGGCUCCAAUAUAUUUGACAUAUAUCGGUUGUCAACUGCAUUACUAUCUAGAGGAUGGAAUUUCAAUAUCUUGCAGUUCCCUCCAAGUAUUCAUUUUUGCAUAACACUAUUGCACACAAAGCCCGGGGUGGCAGACUUGUUAUUGAAAGAUAUCAAAGAGUGCCUCUUCGAGAUCAUGAAGGACCCCAAAGCCAAGACCACCGGCUUGGGGGCUAUCUACGGAAUGGCACAAACCAUACCUGACAGACACAUGAUUUCCGAGAUUGCGGGAAGUUACUUGGACUGCCUGUACAGCACAGAGAUUCCUCCAUCGACAGAUGCUCACAUGAACGGUUCCCCAGGCCGCCACUGAUUCUGUAGCAAUGUGUACUUCAACUGCUGGGUGGUAGUCUAAAGAAUUAUAGGGAAGAAGAACAGCACUUGGAAGUGGUUCCUUCUGCGGUUGCAGGGCACAUGGCAGCUUGGUCAUGAUCUCCCUUUUUAUAAGAAUAGACUCUACUCCCCAAUGUUUUCUCAAGCUGCAUUUCUCUCUUUUACUAUUAAUUCUUGUCAUAUUCCUUCAUGGCAGCUCACUGCUGCUGCUAGUCCUCAAAGAAGCAGCCAUGUUCAUGGCCAGUGCAAGUCCAUUCCAUCUUCCUUCAUACUCAGGUGUUUGAAAUCUGUUCAUUCCUUAUUUUUCUCUUGGCUGACUUUCAUGUGUUUUGGUGCUGGACAGUGAGCCGCUGGAAAAGUUUGGAUGUUGAUACCCUUCCUGGACUUUUGGAUAAGAAUCGAAAGUGGGGAGGCCACAUCACUGUAUGGAAAUUCGAUCCAAAUUCUGAAUCUGUGUAAUGGGAGGAAGGGGAAAUAGGAGAAAAAAUGGACCUUCUUGUUGCCAGUGUCCACCAUGCUGGUGCCUUGCUGCUUUUUCUCUAGAACUUUUACAAUGCCACUUGUAGUUCUUUUAAGUCAUGCGUCUGUGAGGAGGCCAAGGGUGAAACGGCUCAUCUUUAUUCUGAAGGUUUUGCUCUAGCUUCAGACAUGGCACUCUGACAGCAGGAACAGAACGUUGUUUGUGAUUUUGAGGAGUGUCACCUAACAGGCCCAAACUGCUCUGUCUCUGGGUUCUGUAAUUUUAUUAAGAGCUUUUGUAGAAGUGGGGAGCCAGUAGUAACUUUGAAAAUGCAACUAUGUGAAAAUGUGAUUUUAUUUUCACACUGAAGUUUUCAUAUGACCUGCUCUGUGCUUUCUGCUCCGUAUUCCAUGAGGUGCACUUCAGUUGCCUUAGCGUGAGUGCGCUCUUUCUGGGAAAGCACUUGGGGGCAGAAGAUUGCAUAUAGCCUCCAUGGCAAGUCAGUCUCUGGUGCACGGUCCACGCUCAGUGUGUCGUAUCACCAGAGCCUGGGAUAUUUGUAGAUAGGACUUAGAGACAGUGAUGUGGCCACUUGAUGCCUAGUGGAGUGUCCCCAGUGGUUUGCCCAGGGUACUCUGUUUGCUUUGGCAAAGCAGCUGUCAUUCUUAUGUGAAGUUCAUGAGAUAACAGGAAAGCAACAGCAUCUUGUUUAAAGGAUUUAGUUGAAGGGUGGAGGACAGUUUCCAGGCAGCUUUUGAGCCAUUUCUGUGUAUCCCUACAUACUUCACUAACUGAUACAAGGGGUGUAUUGCUUCCCGUUGUCCAUACUUCAGUGAAGAAAGGGUGGUGUUCAAUGUACAGAGACAGACUUUUGAAAAGCUCACGCUCUCCUCUUUCCCUCAGCCAUAACUACACUGCCCUUGUGGGGACUGAAGUGCUCGGGCUGGAGCAACAUUCCCUUUUCACCACUGUGAAGAAAGCCCAGCCCUUUGUAGCUAUCUAUCCAUAUAGAAUGGAAAUAUAAAUUUAGAAUUUAGAAAAUAGUUGACUACAGAGCAACUUGAAUGCUACCCGCUCAUAAAUGCCGGUAUGUUUUCAAAGAUGCAUAGGUACAGUUUUCAUAGCAGUGCACUGUAGUAUUUAAGAAGGGGGAACCACUAAUAGUUUCUUGCCCCAUGUCUUCAUUCAUAUAUCGAUGUGUUCAGCAAACCAUUUUCAUUUGCUUCGUAGAGAGGAAUGAAGUUCUUGAUAGUAUCUGCAAGCUCAGACUAGAGCCUUGCAGUCAUAUCAGGAAGUCAGCUCCUGCUUACAUAUUAUUUUAAAGAAAUUUCAGUAGGAUAUCAUGUCAUUAGUGUUUUAUUCUGAGUUCAUAAUCCUUUGUUUUGUCGUCCACCCUGUAUACUCUUUCAAGUACAAUUUUCUAAGGCAGAAAAAGAAAAAAAUAAUGUUUUAAAUAAUGUUGGAUGAUGUUUCUAUGCAAGAUUAAAUUUUAAAAGGCUGCACUUACUGGUAACUUCUGCAUCUUCAGGGCUGAAAGAACAGUUAACUGAGCCAUUGGGCAUUUUGCUCCUGAGGUAUUGUAUGCACUUCCAGAAAUUUUCAGGUAUUAUUACAAAUGAAGAUGUGCUACCUAUUUUUCUUUAACCUUGCUCCAAAAAUGUAAAAUUGAAUUAACAGGUAAUAAUUGUGUUUGGUUUUCAUUGGUUCCAAGAGAGAACUUGAAGAACUUCUGUACAGGGCUUAAGGUUUUGCCUAGCUUUUCUUAAAAGCAAACAUGUCACUCCAGCAUACUUUUAAGUGAGCAGAGGAGAAGCUAUGUUUUGAUUUGUGUCCAACAAUAUGAAUGUGUACAAGAUGAUCAGGAUCUGUUGGCAGAUCCCUGCAUGAUUUGCAGGACGUUGGCAAGGGUUCCUGGCUCCCAGCUGUUUUCACAAUGGGAACAAUAAAAUGGCUGUUUGCACUGAGGGGCACAAUUGUAUGCAUGUCUAGAAAGGGAAAAAAGCUCCUAUGUUCACCAGGCAGCAUGGGAGUUGUAGGGCUUUUUUUGUCUAUACAUGACCUGAAAUAAGGCUGCUGAAAGGAAGAAAGGUUUAGGAUAAGCAGGAAUGAACUUUUUCUGGAAGGACUGUAAACUCAGCUCAGUUGUGGUACUGAAAAUAAAUUUUGAGGGUACUGAAAAUAAUUCUUUGAGGGCGGAAGCAUUUUGUUCUUUAACCCUAAGAGCGUAUUGUUUAUACCCGACUCUGGCUGACAGAUCUUGUCUUUCUAAUAUAAAAAAACUCCAAAAGUAUCUACUCUCAGAGGAAUCCAAUAAACAACAGAGAUAAGAAGUAUAUUGCAAGCCAGUUUUUUAUAUAUGACGUUUGCCUGAGUGAGUCACAGGUAGCCUUUGACUGUGCUGAUAUAAUACUGCCUGAAUAAAAACUAUACAGUAACAA